GUGUCUGUGCGCGCGGCAGGGAGGAGGGAGCUGUGGGGCUGGAGCACCACCAGACAGGGACGCGGGGAGGGACUGGGUCUGGGAUUUACCCCGGGACAGGCCAGUGCAGCGCCGGGAGUCUUCCCUUCGCGGGCGCUCAGGGCGGUGCCCGCGGUGCGGCGUGGGGGCGGAUCGCGACCCCCCGUCCCUCCCCGGGGCUGAGUCGCCGCCGUGUGCGCGCGCCGCCCACGCGCGAUCGUCGCUAUCGCGGCCGCCCGGCUGGCCGGGCCUCGCGGCUCGGGGUCCCUGCCAGCCAUGGCCCAGCUCGGCGACCAGGCUCUGCCCGGGCCAGAGACCACGGUGCAGAUCCGUGUGGCCAUCCAGGAGGCCGAGGACGUGGAGGAUCUGGAGGAGGACGACGUAGGGACCUCUGCGCAGGCAGCGGGGGACCCAGCCCGAUAUCUCAGCCCAGGCUGGGGCAGCGCCAGCGAGGAGGAGCCGAGCCGCGGGCACAGCGCCACGACAAGUGGAGGUGAGAAUGAGCACGAGGAACUGGAGCCGGAAUGGAAGCCCCCGGAUGAGGAGCUCAUCAGGAAGCUGGUGGAUCAGAUUGAGUUCUACUUUUCUGAUGAGAACCUGGAGAAGGAUGCCUUCCUGCUCAAGCAUGUGCGAAGGAACAAGCUGGGCUACGUGAGCGUCAAGCUGCUCACCUCCUUCAAAAAGGUGAAACACCUCACACGGGACUGGAGGACCACAGCACAUGCCCUGAAGUAUUCCGUCACCCUGGAGUUGAAUGAGGACCACCGGAAGGUUAGGAGGACCACCCCUGUGCCACUGUUCCCCAAUGAGAACCUCCCCAGCAAGAUGCUGCUGGUGUAUGACCUGCACCUGUCUCCUAAGCUAUGGGCCCCAGCCACGCCCCAGAAGAAUGGGAGGGUGCAGGAGAAGGUGAUGGAGCAUCUGCUCAAGCUCUUUGGGACUUUUGGAGUCAUCUCAUCGGUGCGGAUCCUCAAACCUGGGAGAGAGCUGCCCCCCGACAUCCGGAGGAUCAGCAGCCGCUACAGCCAGGUGGGGACCCAAGAGUGUGCCAUCGUGGAGUUCGAGGAGGUAGAUGCAGCCAUUAAAGCCCAUGAAUUCAUGGUCACUGAAUCUCAAGGCAGGGACAACAUGAAAGCUGUCUUGAUUGGGAUGAAACCACCCAAAAAGAAACCCCUCAAAGAUAAGAACCAUGAUGAUGAGCCCACAACAAGCACCCACCUAAGCAGGUCCCUGAACAAGAGAGUGGAGGAGCUUCAGUACAUGGGGGAUGAGUCUUCUGCCAACAGUUCCUCUGACCCGGAGAGCAAUCCCACCUCUCCUAUGGCUGGCCGGCGGCAUGUGGCCUCUAACAAGCUCAGCCCUUCUGGUCACCAGAAUAUCUUUCUGAGCCCAAAUGCCUCCCCGUGCUCAAGCCCUUGGAGUAGCCCCUUGGCCCAGCGCAAGGGCGUCUCCAGAAAAUCCCCACUGGCUGAAGAAGGCAGACUGAGCUUUAGCACCAGCCCCGAGAUCUUCCGAAAGUGCACGGAUUAUUCCUCGGACAGCAGCGUUACUCCCUCAGGCAGCCCCUGGGUUCGCAGACGACGCCAAGCUGAGACACAGGAGAAAAGUCCAGGGGCGAGUCCCCUGCUGUCUCGGAAGAUGCAGACCGCAGAUGGGUUGCCUGUAGGGGUGCUGAGGCUGCCCAGAGGCCCUGACAACACCAGGGGCUUCCAUGGUGGACACGAGAGAAGCCGAGCCUGUACAUAAUACCUUCUAUUUUUAAUACCGGCCCCACUGAAAACAAACUUUGUUUUCGAGGUCCUCACCAAUAGCUAGCAUGACAGAGAAUGGAAUUCAGUCCCCUUAGAAAGCUUUUGUAUCCAUGUAGACCUCUUAAUUUAUAUCUUUGUAAGGUAUACACAUUGUCCCAUGUGCCAUGGUUUUAAGACCAUCUUCUGGCUGGGAGGUCUUGCUCCUAACAUGGCCACUGUUUUGUCAAUGCCUGGAAUGUGUGAGUGUGAUGUCUCUGAAGGGCUGUGGGAUACAGGCUCUCUGGGGAGAUCCAGAAGCAAGUCUGUCUGUCUCAACUGCCUUUUUUCCUGCAAUGACUGAGCUGUCCUUGGCAGGCCAUGCAAGGGCUCCUCCUGAGGCCUCAAAGGAGUUUCGCUCAAUGGUAAAUCCUUCAGCCAGUAGCAUGGUGUCUUAUAGGACUGAAUGUCUAUUCCCUGUCAAGUGAAUAAAUAAUAAAACACCCACUGGGAGUCCCUUAUCUGAGGUCGCAGACCAUCCCCCUUAGACAAAGAAGACAAAGAACUCCAUCUACCCCACAGUGUACUCCUAGGGCAGUCCCAGAGGACCCUCCUGGAAGUUUCUGGCAGCCUGGGAUAUCUGUCAUCACAAUGAGUCUCACAGGAUAGACAGCUUUAGUUUCUGCCAAUGUCCCCACAGCAUCCCAAACCAUCAAUGUUGACAUCACCUGAGAACUAGCUAGAAACGCACAUCUCUAGGCCCCAUCUCAGGCCGAGUGAUUGAGAAACUGUCAGAGGAGGGAUUCUAGGUGUGUUUUUUUAAAGAUUUGUUCUUAUUUUUAUUUACAUGUAUGUGCCUGUGUGGGCGUAUGCCAUUGUGUGUGCCCCUAGAAGCCAAAAUGAGGCAUUGGAUCCACUGAAGUUGGGGUUACAGGUGUGAGCUGCUCAGUUUGGAUGCUGGGAACUCAGCUUGGAUCCUCAAGAAGAGCAGCAAGUGCUCUUACCCUGAGCAUCUUUCCAGGCCCCGAAUCUAGAGUUUGAAAAGCUCUGCAGAUGAUUCUGAUACAUGCUAGUGUGACCUUGAGGUGACCAACGCUGCAGGGCCCCAUGUCAGCCAGUCUGACCCCACAGCUCUCACUCCUGUUCUGUGACUUGGGGGUAGUAUUAAGCUCCCUGAGCUUUCUGGUGUCCUGGGGCAUGCUUUGCUGCAUGGUAGUGUGAAAUGUAAUCAGUCCUGCAUAAACAUUGGCUCCAUUUCCUUCUCAUCUGGUUUAUUGUCUGUCACCUUCAAAAGCUGUUUUGGAGUACUGCACCCUGGCCUAGAGUCCAGUGUUGGCUUAUCCGUGGGCUGUUCGUGGGGAGGGGGGGGGGGGCUUUAGGACCUGUUAAAAAUCAAGUAGUGAUUGUUUGCUAAGAACUUUGAUAAAAAGCUUUCCCAUGAUUUAUUUCAUGUAAAUCAUCCCAACACUAUGUGAAAAAAAGAUUCAAGUAUUGGAGCUACUUUGUACCAGGUUUAAAGAAGAAAAAUAAGGCCUCAUGUGGGUAACUAAGCUGUACCUGGGUUAAUGGUUCUGGGGUUCACUUUGUUGCUGCUGCUGCUGGUAGUGAUAGUGAUGCUGCUGGUAGUGAUUGUGGUCGUAUUUUUUGAGAGUCUUGCCAUGUAACAUUGGCUGAUCUCAAACUUCCAAUCCUUUAGGCUCAGUCUAGGGAGGCUACAAUAUGCACCAUCCCCCCAAGCUAGCAUUAAAUAUUUUUGUUUAUUAUUA